UGGCAAUCUUCAAACGUCAAACAAAUGUCAAAACUGACUGUGAGAUUCGUGAAUUGUUUGUUUUUACGAAAAAACACAUUAGAAAGUGCAAGCAAACAAUUUACAUUUAUUAUUCGAAAUCAGAAUAAUGCGGCAAUAAUAGGUUUAUUCAAUCAAAUCAAAGAUCUCAGGAGUCAUUGUGGCAUUCAUAUUUUAAAGUGGUUAGCCUUGAAGUAGAUGUCAUCUAUGACGAUAAAUGAGUGCUUGUUUAUUUUACAUUUAGUGAUAUUAGUUGCGAAUUCACGAUUAUAUGGCUUUGAUGGUUGACUUAUGUUUUGCGGCAAAUCGGAAGAGGCAUGUUUUUCCCACGGAAUCGGGAGAAGGGAGUAGGCUUAGUCGUCGUGAGUUGGAUCUGCCUGGCCGUGCUGUGCGCCGCGUCCUCGGCGCCCUGCGACAAGACGCGCAGGAUCUUCACCGAGCCCAGCGGCGUCAUCACCGACGGACCCACCGACUCUAACUACACUCAAGACUCCCAUUGUGAAUGGCUUAUCAAGGCAGCUAAUAAAAGUCAGUUCAUAACAUUGAGCUUCCUGCGUAUGGGCACAGAAUGUUCUUAUGACUAUGUCUUUGUGUAUGAUGGAGACUCGUUUGAUGCACCAUUACUUGGAAGCUUUAGUGGAAAAACUGAACCUCAAAAUGUGACUGCCUCAAGUGGAUAUAUGUUAAUAUUGCUGUAUAGCGACACUAAUUAUGUUCUUGACGGUUUCCGAGCAACUUAUGCCAUACAUGACUGCCCCAACAACUGCACUGGCCACGGGUUGUGUGUGCAGCACAAGUGCUUCUGUUUUGGCACCCGCGGCGGGCAGGACUGCAGCUUGCAGCUCUGUCCUAAUCAAUGCUCAAAUAAUGGACAAUGCAAAGGAGAUAGAUGCUUAUGCAAGAAGGGUUUUUCCGGCGAGUCUUGUUCCUUGAAGAAGAACGACAAGGUCGGCAACAGUUGGCACUGGCUGUCUCGCUCGGAGAGCGGCAUGACACGCCGCGCGGCUCACUCCGCUGUUUAUGUCAACCACACGGACUCUCUAUACGUAUUUGGAGGAUAUGAUCUGAAUAAAGUUUUAGGCUUAUUAGAAGUUUAUAGGUUCUCAACUAGUCAAUGGUAUGAUGAAAAUGAAAAAGUAUUACGUAGAUAUCCAACUAAUGAGGAAAUAGAUCAGUCAUUUUUAACUCUCUUUACAAAGGGCAAUACAGAUGGUAGCUGGCAGAUAGGCAAUAGGAGUUCAUUAUUUAAUUUACUUUUAUCCUCCGUAUCACACCAUGACAAAACCACAUUACCUCUAAUGUAUUCUCAUUCACCAACGCCGUAUUCCGAAAGUUAUUUGCAUUUUACUGACAAACCGGACUUUUCGAAUGCUAUUAUGAAGUCUAAUGAUACAAAACCUGAGCCGAGAUACGGGCACUCUGCUUGCGCUUUUUCUGCUGGUUUUGUUUUGUAUGGAGGGAAGUUAUCAGACGGUAGUUUGUCUUCGGAGCUAUGGCUGUAUGACGCUGAGACUAAUAUAUGGACACUGAGAGCUGUAAAUUCAUCAUUCUUGCCUCCUGGACUAACUAGACAUACUCUAACAGCUGUUAAGGAUGAACUGUAUCUUUUUGGAGGCAGUACGGUAGAUGGAGAAUUUUCUUCAAAUAUGUAUAAGAUAAAACUAAGCGAGCCAAAUACGGAGAGUUGGGAGAAGGUGCAAGUCCGCGGCGGUAAGGAGUUGGACGUGCGAGUAGUCGCUCACACUGCCGUCUAUCAUUCGUACUCCAACUCCAUCUUAGUGUACGGAGGCGUUGUCGCUAGUGUGGCGAGAUUUUCAAAACUGACCGAUAGAAUGUUUGCGUUUGAUAUUGACAAUCGUCAUUGGAGCGAAAUACACUAUCCCAGGGCGCAUUUAAGGGACACAUAUGUACCGAGAGAACGAGCAUUUCACACAUCGACAAUAAUCGGAAAUUACCUGGUAGUGUUCGGCGGAUACUCACAUCGGCACAACAAAGAGGAGAUAUGCUACGACGGUCAAAUGUACUUGUACCACCUGGGCUGCCACGCGUGGAUCCCGCUUGAAGUGUUGGGCAGCCCUCGCGAGUUCUACCCUAAACGGCAGGGUGUAUUUGCACAUGCAGCGGCUUUGAAACCUCCUUCAACGUUACUCAUCGCUGGCGGAUAUCAUGGAAAUGUCAAUGGUGAUCUGCUAGCGUACGUGGUGCCGAGUUGGCAGGCGGGCAUCAGCAACAACGACCCCGAGUCAGCGUGCCCGCGGCAUCGGAGUCAGCCGGAGUGCCUCGCGGACCCCGAGUGCGGAUGGUGCUCUGCGGACGAUACUUGUUACGGCAGAACGAUCGGCUCAAACUGUACAACCAACUUACAAUCCAUCCGCUGCGGUGGCAUCUGUCCAGCGCUGGGCGAGUGCCACUCGUGCCUGAUCCACGGCCCGCCCCCCGGCCGCGCCGGCUCCCGGGCUCCGCUGCCGUCCGUCAGCACCAAGCUGGGGCUGCACCAGUGCAGCUGGUGUGUGCAGAACGCGCGCUGCCACCACAAGGACGAUAACUACGGUGUUUGUGGUGAAGACACUCCAUCGCAAAACCCAGGCUGGUGGGGUACCACCGGCACCGAAGUGACGACUCCAGAGGAAUGCAAAGAUUUAGACAAACGACCCGGUCUCACGUUCCUACGAUACCAGCAGCCGGCAGACUGGAACCAUCCCGACGGGGUGUCCGUCGUCAACGCGACUACCGUCGACUGGGCCACCGGCGGGGGAAGCAAUCAUAUCUUUACCGGGUCAAGCGAAGCGCGGCUGAGAGGUUGGCUUCGCAUUCCUCAGCUCUGGAACGGAACGGGAGAGACCCUUCAUGUAUGCGCCGGCUAUUCGAACAUAUCGCUCGCGCUUGGACUUAAGACAGAAUCUAUAGCCAACUUAACGGCCCAGCCGUCCGCCUGUUCCAUCGUCGACUGGCCGUCGCUGUUCCCUGGCAGACUCGCCGUCGACAUUCACGCCAACGAUACGUUGCACACGGGACUGUAUCCUUCUCAUCAUCAUGCGAAGAUGGAACUGCUACAUAAUAAAACGACGGAAACUGCUAAGGUAUUCACAUUCGAGUUCCUGGAGCCGUACUCGGACGGGCAGUGCCAGAACUACGACAACUGCCUGCUGUGCCUCGCCGACGCGGCGUGCGGCUGGUGCGAGCUCACAGACAAGUGCGAGCCGCGCGCCGCCGACGAGCGCGCCGUGUGCGCCGCCGAGGCCGGCGUCUGGCGCUACCUCACCCUGCAACCCUCCGCCUGCCCCAACUGCUCCAACUACAUCAGUUGCGAGCGCUGCGUCGCCGGCAACUACUGCGAGUGGUGGGCGGACGAAGCGCGCUGCGCCCGUCGCGGCCGCGCGGGCGGCGCCGUCGUGGAGGCCAGCGAGUGCCCCGCGCCCUGCCGCACCCGCCUCGACUGCGAGCACUGCCUCGACGAGCGCGGCCGCUGCGUCUGGUGCGAGGCCACGCGCCAGUGCUUCAGCUUCAGCGUCUACACCAGCGAGUAUCAGUUCGGGCUGUGUCGCGAGUGGCUCGACCGCGCCUCGUCCGCUCCCGCCGCCGCCGCCGCCGACGACAACGUGCGCAAAGCCGGCCAGUGCAAGUCCUGCCAGGCGCACGCGCAGUGCUCCACCUGUCUCCGGUCCAUGGGAUGCGGCUGGUGCCACUCGCACGAGAACCCGAUCACGGGCGCGUGCACGGAGGGCGACUUCACGCGCGCGCACGCCGACUGCGCGUCGCUGCUCAACGUGUCGGCCGCCGACGCCGGCUGGGCGUACGCGCAGUGCCCCGACGUAGACGAGUGCGGCCUCAAGCUGCACGACUGCCACGAGCACGCCGUCUGCAACAACACGCACGGAUCGUACACGUGCAAGUGCAAGCAGGGCUACAGCGGCGACGGUCGCAAGAGCUGCGUGCAGACCUGCUACAACAACUGCAUCCACGGGUACUGUCUGGGGGCGCCGCACUACAAAUGUCACUGCGAUUUAGGCUGGACGGGCGCCGAUUGCUCCAUCAAUUGCGGUUGCCACAAUCACUCGACGUGUCGCACCGGCGUCGGCCGCUGCGACGAGUGCCAGGACUGGACGGAGGGGAAGUUCUGCGAGUCGUGCAAGCCCGGCAGCCACGGCAACGCCACCACGGGCCAGGGCUGCCGCCGCUGCGACUGCAACGACCACGGGGACGAGACGCGCGGCUUCUGCGACGUCGCCACCGGCGAGUGCAUCUGCAAGGACAACACUGAAGGACAGAACUGUGAGCGAUGUAAACCAAAGUUUUACGGUGAUCCCCGGCACGGCGGAAAGUGCUAUUAUCAAUGCGAGCCUAGGGGAAUGCUCAACGCGUCACAGACUGAGGGUAUAGGUUCCUAUAAAAGCGACCCGGACAUUAAGAUCAUAGGCCCUUCGAAAGAAUGUCUAUGGAUUAUAUCGGCUGGGGACAUCAAAGAUGCGAUAAUUCAGUUUACUAUAAAUUCUUCUACGCUGAACGUUCCUUGUGAUGAGAACGCGGUGUACGUGUACGACGGCCUCGGUGGUGUGCCUGAUAUGAGCAAUAAUCAGCAAAGUCAGCUGUUGGGAGUGUUCUGCAAUGGGGCAUCGUCCGGAAUCGUGGAAGCGCGCAGCGGGAACCUAACGGUCCAUUACAAACAGGGACAGGUGGAGCAAGGAUUUGAAGGCGUCUACAAAUCGUUAGCGUGCGGUCUCUACUGCCCGUGGCCUAGAGUGUGCACCAAGGGCCACUGCGUUUGUCGCGAAGGUUUCGGCGGACCCGAUUGCGAAGUGGACAUUUGUCGCAACAACUGCAGCACGGCCUACGACGCCGGAACAUGUGAUCCCAGCUACGGCCGCUGCCUCUGCGACGAAGGUUACGGCGGCGACGACUGUUCUAUUAAACUCGACAAGAUGCAACUAGUAUUUACGGAGCUUUUCAAUUCUGAAUACUUGUCCGACGGAUUAGAUCAUCUUAGAAAGACUUUGCCCAGAUUCGGGCACAGUUUAGUAGCAGAUAGAAGAGGACUGUGGAUGUUCGGCGGAUACUCGCUGUCGCACGGACCCCUGAACGAUAUCAGAUUUUUUGACACAAAGAAUAAUACUUGGAUGCAAGUUACCGUCGAGGCGACCCCCGAUGCUAAAAUGCCUGAAGGUCGUUACUUCCACGCGUCUGAAAUUUAUCAUUCAAAACAGAACAUUUACAUCUAUGGUGGACUCAGCUUACAAGAAAAGAACGGUCAGAAUAAGACACUAGGAGAUUUCUGGCAGUUCAGCCUAAAAGACCAGAGAUGGAAUAUCGUUAACAACAAAGAGAAACAACCGCCUCCCCUCGCAGGUCACACCCUGACUCUUCAGAAGUACCAAGAUUACGAAAGUCUAGUGCUCAUCGGUGGAUUCUCUUUAGAGGAGGGGAUGAUGGCCGAUAUCUGGGAAUUCGAUCUUGACAAUGAUAAGUGGAUAAAAUUGAAUUGCGGGGGUUCUAAGCCGGCCGGUAUUAUAGGACACAGCACAGUGUAUCACGCGCCGUCGCAGAGCUUGUACGUUUACGGCGGGAUAUUGUAUUCUUACAACGGGACAUCGCUUUCUAACAAACUGUUUGCGCUCCACUACCCGACUAAGAAAUGGAGCGAGCUGCCGAACUUUCCCCGCCGCAACCAUUACCACGACCUGCCGCAGCAGGCGUAUCUGCACUCGGCUGUAACAACCAACGAGUACAUGGUCGUGUUUGGCGGUCGCAGCGACCCUGACCACAGAUCUGACUCCCUCAUCGCUUACAUCUAUAGUUGCAACCAGUGGGUCAGGCUUGUCAAAGGCAUAAGUAUAGUCGGCCACCCACCACCGCCAACCAUAGCCCAUGCGAUGGCAAUCGACAUGGAGUCGGAGAACGACGGCUAUAUCUACAUCAUCGGCGGCUGGACCGGCAGCGCACACUGCCAAGUCACCCGCAUAUCCCUCCCUGAAGACCUCUGCUCCCUCUGGAGCGCGAGCAAGCUGGAAUGUCGAAGCCAGAUGGGCUGUAGCUUUUGUAGUUCCGGAAACUACACUAAAUGCUUCUCUGUGAACAAACCUGGGUGCGAGAGCAGUGAUAGGGUGUCGACGAAUUCAGGGGAAGCGUGCGAUAUGGAGCUUGUUGCAAGGCGCGCUUGCGAGAACUUUACUACGUGCGCGUCCUGCCUGGCCGCUUGGCCGCUGUAUCCUGAAGAGAAACCGGCGUGCCGGUGGUGCGAAUCCUGUGCUGCUGCUGUUGGUGAAUGCGUUCCUACGGACGAGUCGUGUACCAGUAUAAAGUGCAACGCUGGGACCACCUACAUCAGCGACGUCGGCCAGUGUCCGGAGCACAGAUGCGUCGCAUCUGACUGCGAGAAAUGCGUCAACAACCAGUGCACAUGGACGCGCCAUGCCAGCAGAGAAGGACAAAUGACAAGAAUUUCAGAGGAACCAACAGAGCUGUUCAACUGGACUUGCGCCGCAAUAGAAGAGCAAGGUCGCACCAGCAUCCGCCCAAGAACAAGAGAAGAGUGCCCCAGCCGUUGUCAUACAUACACCGACUGCCAAACGUGUCUGAGCUCCGACGGCGCUGAAGGCGGCUUCGCGGAAUGCCACUGGGCGACAUACUUGGGGAAAUGCAUCUCGCCAGCGUAUCAACCUGUUUACUGCGCGGGCGGGGUCUGCGGGCUCGUUCUAACCAAAGCCGAUAAAAACAAAUGCCCAGCGCCUUGCGAUACAUUCGAACAGUGCACGGAGUGUCUCCAUCAUUCGCACUGCGGUUGGUGUGCGAUAGAGGGCGCCAACGGCGAAGGGGUGUGCACGGAGGGCUCGAUCGACUCGCCGCUCGAGUACUCGACGCGGACGACGUGCGCGGCGGUCUACACGAGCGCGCAUCAGUUGAACGAAACUAUCGACACGUUCUCCUGGCACUACACGCGUUGCCCGCCCGAAAAUGAGUGUGAGAAUAAUCAUCACCAGUGUAAAGCAGAUUCUGAGGUGUGCCGCGAUCUACCAGCGGGCUACGUGUGCGAGUGCGGCGCGGGCCACAAGCGCGGCCCCGACGGCUGCACGGCGGUGUGCGCGCAGGGCUGCGUGCGCGGCGCCUGCGUGCAGCCCGACGUGUGCCGCUGCGAUUUCGGCUACGUCGGCGCCAACUGCACCAUCCAGUGCCAGUGCAACGGCCACGCGCACUGCGAGGGGCCCGACAAGCUCGACAAGUGUCUCGAGUGCCACAACCACACCAUGGGUAACCAAUGCGAGAAAUGCAAGCCAAACUUCGUGGGCGACCCGACCGACAACGGGCAGUGUAUCCCUUGCUCGGUGUACUGCCACGGCCACACCAGCAUCUGCACGAGCGAGGAGCGAGACACCAGCGACUUGGACGAGUACUACCAGAGUGCGAAGGCGCGCUGCGUGCGGUGCGCGAAUUAUACGGAUGGGCCGCGCUGCGAACGCUGUGUAGAGGGAUAUUUUAGAGGAUCAGAGAACCUUAGCGAUCCUUGCCGACCGUGCGAAUGCCACGGUCACGGCGACACUUGCGACCCGGUAACAGGCGAGAAAUGCAACUGCGGCAACAACACCGAGAGCGACGCGUCCUGCCAGACCGCCAGCUCCAGCAAGAACUCUGCGCAGGAGUGCUGGCGCUACCAGUGCGUCAAGUGCCGCGACCUGUACAUGGGCGACCCGCGCAACGGACACCAGUGCUACAAGACCAUCAAUAUAGAGAAUAAACUGUGCUUCGACGGCAAAUCCAUCGAUGAAUGCAAGAUUAAGCCGCGUCCGCUAUACCCGGGCCAGACGGUGUUCGUAGCCGUAAAUCCACGAUACAUGAACGUAGACAUACGAGUGGUCGUGGACGUAACGCAGGGCGCCGUCGACCUCUACCUGAGCCCAAACGACAGCUCCUUCGUCGUCUCAGUGAACGGCACGCACGGCGCCCACGUUGUCGAGAUCGACCCGGCGUAUUACAAACACGAGCCGUACCGCAAAAUGCCGACGUUCGACGACAACGUUGAAGAAUCGCCGCGCAUGACCUGGCAUUAUGAGAAGACAGAGUAUACGCUCGCGGAUUACAAGGCGAAGGAUCUUGCAACUUACAUAACUGUUGAUAAGAAAAAUAUCUUGUUGCGCGUGCGCGAACUCCGCAACCGUCUCGUUUUGACCCUGCCUGAAAAAUUCCACGAACUUGGACACACUAAAUUCUACAUGAUAAUCCGCGCGCGUCACUCUGAGGACGGCGCCGCUAGCUUCGGACUGGUAUUCUUCAGACAAGACCAACUGCACAUCGAUCUGUUCGUGUUCUUCUCGGUGUUCUUUUCGUGCUUCUUUCUGUUCCUGGCGGCGUGCGUGGUCGCGUGGAAGGCGAAGCAAGCCGCGGACGUGCGGCGGGCGAGGAGGCGACAUGUUGUUGAGAUGCUGCACAUGGCGAAGCGGCCAUUCGCGGCUGUGACGGUGGUGCUGCACGGCGCGGGCGCGGGCGCGGGCAAGCGGCGGCGCGCGCCCGACCUGCGCCCCGUCGCCAUCGAGCCCACCGGCGACGGCCGCGCCGCCGUCACCUCCGUGCUGGUCAGGUAUGUACCGGGUGACACAUGGCCGGUCGCGGCUGUGACGGUGGCGCCCGACCUGCGCCCCGUCGCCAUCGAGCCCACCGGCGACGGCCGCGCCGCCGUCACCUCCGUGCUGGUCAGGUAUGUACCGGGUGACACAUGGCCGGUCGCGGCUGUGACGGUGGCGCCCGACCUGCGCCCCGUCGCCAUCGAGCCCACCGGCGACGGCCGCGCCGCCGUCACCUCCGUGCUGGUCAGGUAUGUACCGGGUGACACAUGGCCGGUCGCGGCUGUGACGGUGGCGCCCGACCUGCGCCCCGUCGCCAUCGAGCCCACCGGCGACGGCCGCGCCGCCGUCACCUCCGUGCUGGUCAGGUAUGUACCGGGUGACACAUGGCCGGUCGCGGCUGUGACGGUGGCGCCCGACCUGCGCCCCGUCGCCAUCGAGCCCACCGGCGACGGCCGCGCCGCCGUCACCUCCGUGCUGGUCAGGUAUGUACCGGGUGACACAUGGCCGGUCGCGGCUGUGACGGUGGCGCCCGACCUGCGCCCCGUCGCCAUCGAGCCCACCGGCGACGGCCGCGCCGCCGUCACCUCCGUGCUGGUCAGGUAUGUACCGGGUGACACAUGGCCGGUCGCGGCUGUGACGGUGGCGCCCGACCUGCGCCCCGUCGCCAUCGAGCCCACCGGCGACGGCCGCGCCGCCGUCACCUCCGUGCUGGUCAGGUAUGUACCGGGUGACACAUGGCCGGUCGCGGCUGUGACGGUGGCGCCCGACCUGCGCCCCGUCGCCAUCGAGCCCACCGGCGACGGCCGCGCCGCCGUCACCUCCGUGCUGGUCAGGUAUGUACCGGGUGACACAUGGCCGGUCGCGGCUGUGACGGUGGCGCCCGACCUGCGCCCCGUCGCCAUCGAGCCCACCGGCGACGGCCGCGCCGCCGUCACCUCCGUGCUGGUCAGGUAUGUACCGGGUGACACAUGGCCGGUCGCGGCUGUGACGGUGGCGCCCGACCUGCGCCCCGUCGCCAUCGAGCCCACCGGCGACGGCCGCGCCGCCGUCACCUCCGUGCUGGUCAGGUAUGUACCGGGUGACACAUGGCCGGUCGCGGCUGUGACGGUGGCGCCCGACCUGCGCCCCGUCGCCAUCGAGCCCACCGGCGACGGCCGCGCCGCCGUCACCUCCGUGCUGGUCAGGUAUGUACCGGGUGACACAUGGCCGGUCGCGGCUGUGACGGUGGCGCCCGACCUGCGCCCCGUCGCCAUCGAGCCCACCGGCGACGGCCGCGCCGCCGUCACCUCCGUGCUGGUCAGGUAUGUACCGGGUGACACAUGGCCGGUCGCGGCUGUGACGGUGGCGCCCGACCUGCGCCCCGUCGCCAUCGAGCCCACCGGCGACGGCCGCGCCGCCGUCACCUCCGUGCUGGUCAGGUAUGUACCGGGUGACACAUGGCCGGUCGCGGCUGUGACGGUGGCGCCCGACCUGCGCCCCGUCGCCAUCGAGCCCACCGGCGACGGCCGCGCCGCCGUCACCUCCGUGCUGGUCAGGUAUGUACCGGGUGACACAUGGCCGGUCGCGGCUGUGACGGUGGCGCCCGACCUGCGCCCCGUCGCCAUCGAGCCCACCGGCGACGGCCGCGCCGCCGUCACCUCCGUGCUGGUCAGGUAUGUACCGGGUGACACAUGGCCGGUCGCGGCUGUGACGGUGGCGCCCGACCUGCGCCCCGUCGCCAUCGAGCCCACCGGCGACGGCCGCGCCGCCGUCACCUCCGUGCUGGUCAGGUAUGUACCGGGUGACACAUGGCCGGUCGCGGCUGUGACGGUGGCGCCCGACCUGCGCCCCGUCGCCAUCGAGCCCACCGGCGACGGCCGCGCCGCCGUCACCUCCGUGCUGGUCAGGUAUGUACCGGGUGACACAUGGCCGGUCGCGGCUGUGACGGUGGCGCCCGACCUGCGCCCCGUCGCCAUCGAGCCCACCGGCGACGGCCGCGCCGCCGUCACCUCCGUGCUGGUCAGGUAUGUACCGGGUGACACAUGGCCGGUCGCGGCUGUGACGGUGGCGCCCGACCUGCGCCCCGUCGCCAUCGAGCCCACCGGCGACGGCCGCGCCGCCGUCACCUCCGUGCUGGUCAGGUAUGUACCGGGUGACACAUGGCCGGUCGCGGCUGUGACGGUGGCGCCCGACCUGCGCCCCGUCGCCAUCGAGCCCACCGGCGACGGCCGCGCCGCCGUCACCUCCGUGCUGGUCAGGUAUGUACCGGGUGACACAUGGCCGGUCGCGGCUGUGACGGUGGCGCCCGACCUGCGCCCCGUCGCCAUCGAGCCCACCGGCGACGGCCGCGCCGCCGUCACCUCCGUGCUGGUCAGGUAUGUACCGGGUGACACAUGGCCGGUCGCGGCUGUGACGGUGGCGCCCGACCUGCGCCCCGUCGCCAUCGAGCCCACCGGCGACGGCCGCGCCGCCGUCACCUCCGUGCUGGUCAGGUAUGUACCGGGUGACACAUGGCCGGUCGCGGCUGUGACGGUGGCGCCCGACCUGCGUCCCGUCGCCAUCGAGCCCACCGGCGACGGCCGCGCCGCCGUCACUUCCGUGCUGCCCACCGGCGACGGCCGCGCCGCCGUCACCUCCGUGCUGGUCAGGUAUGUACCGGGUGACACAUGGCCGGUCGCGGCUGUGACGGUGGCGCCCGACCUGCGCCCCGUCGCCAUCGAGCCCACCGGCGACGGCCGCGCCGCCGUCACCUCCGUGCUGGUCAGGUAUGUACCGGGUGACACAUGGCCGGUCGCGGCUGUGACGGUGGCGCCCGACCUGCGCCCCGUCGCCAUCGAGCCCACCGGCGACGGCCGCGCCGCCGUCACCUCCGUGCUGGUCAGGUAUGUACCGGGUGACACAUGGCCGGUCGCGGCUGUGACGGUGGCGCCCGACCUGCGCCCCGUCGCCAUCGAGCCCACCGGCGACGGCCGCGCCGCCGUCACCUCCGUGCUGGUCAGGUAUGUACCGGGUGACACAUGGCCGGUCGCGGCUGUGACGGUGGCGCCCGACCUGCGCCCCGUCGCCAUCGAGCCCACCGGCGACGGCCGCGCCGCCGUCACCUCCGUGCUGGUCAGGUAUGUACCGGGUGACACAUGGCCGGUCGCGGCUGUGACGGUGGCGCCCGACCUGCGCCCCGUCGCCAUCGAGCCCACCGGCGACGGCCGCGCCGCCGUCACCUCCGUGCUGGUCAGGUAUGUACCGGGUGACACAUGGCCGGUCGCGGCUGUGACGGUGGCGCCCGACCUGCGUCCCGUCGCCAUCGAGCCCACCGGCGACGGCCGCGCCGCCGUCACUUCCGUGCUGCCCACCGGCGACGGCCGCGCCGCCGUCACCUCCGUGCUGGUCAGGUAUGUACCGGGUGACACAUGGCCGGUCGCGGCUGUGACGGUGGCGCCCGACCUGCGCCCCGUCGCCAUCGAGCCCACCGGCGACGGCCGCGCCGCCGUCACCUCCGUGCUGGUCAGGUAUGUACCGGGUGACACAUGGCCGGUCGCGGCUGUGACGGUGGCGCCCGACCUGCGCCCCGUCGCCAUCGAGCCCACCGGCGACGGCCGCGCCGCCGUCACCUCCGUGCUGGUCAGGUAUGUACCGGGUGACACAUGGCCGGUCGCGGCUGUGACGGUGGCGCCCGACCUGCGUCCCGUCGCCAUCGAGCCCACCGGCGACGGCCGCGCCGCCGUCACCUCCGUGCUGGUCAGGUAUGUACCGGGUGACACAUGGCCGGUCGCGGCUGUGACGGUGGCGCCCGACCUGCGUCCCGUCGCCAUCGAGCCCACCGGCGACGGCCGUGCCGCCGUGACCUCCGUGCUGGUCAGGUAUGUACCGGGUGACACAUGGCCGGUCGCGGCUGUGACGGUGGCGCCCGACCUGCGCCCCGUCGCCAUCGAGCCCACCGGCGACGGCCGCGCCGCCGUCACCUCCGUGCUGGUCAGCCCACCGGCGACGGCCGCGCCGCCGUCACCUCCGUGCUGGACAGGUAUGUACCGGGUGUGA